CGUACAGACGAUGGUAUUAGACAGAAAAAUGGAAAGUACAGAGGUAACAAGUUACCAUGUCACGCAACCAACGGGUUUGUUCUCGCUACUCAACACUAAUGGCAUAACGCAAGAUCUUACCACUAUCAUGGCGGACGAUCGUACUCGAAUGGAUAAUCCUUGUGAUUCUUUCAACAAAACCGGAUGUCGUCAGGAAGGAAUGGGAAUAAGUCUCUCUACUCCAAUUAUCAUGUUUACCACUGGAAUUCUGGGAAAUAUUCUAGCACUUGUAGUGUUGUAUACGUCACGCAAAGAGGCCAAAAGGACAGUAUUUUACACAUUACUGGCCGGAUUGGCUUGGACAGAUUUGAUUGGCCAGCUAAUGACGUCACCGAUCGCAAUUGUUGUGUACGCAAACAAUUUAAAAUGGGUAGGAGGGAAACCUCUUUGUCGUUACCAUGCUUUUGCUAUGAUCCUUUUUGGGGGCUUGACUCCCCUUCUUGUGUGUGCUAUGUCAGUAGAACGUUUACUUGCUCUACGGUUUGCUUAUUUCCAUGCAAGAGUUGCCACGAAGAAAAAGGCUUUUAUAGCUAUCGCAGCUUGUUGGAUUAUUGUGAUGUUUUUCUGUUCUUGGCCAUUUGUUGGAUUAGGAAGUUAUGAAAUUCAAUUUCCUGGAUCUUGGUGUUUUUUGAACUUUCAUAAAGAAAGUGUGAGUGACAUCAUAUAUGCAUCAAUAUUUGCAUCAACCAAUAUUGUGAUAAUUUUAUUGAACCUCGGAUGUAAUAUCGCUGUUGUUGUGACAUUGCUACAAAUGAGACGAAAAAGAGUGGCGAACAAUUCACCGUACUGUCACAGGAGACACAACACGAAUCAGAGUAAAACGAAGUCAAUGAAGAGAGAAGCAGAAACCCAGAUGGUCAUUUUUCUGUGUGCUAUCACUCUUGUCUUCACAACUUGUUGGUUGCCAAUCAAUAUAAACAUCAUUAUGAAUCAGAUCACAGGUGUAACAAAUAGGAAAGCAGAUCUCCUGGGUGUUCGAUUUGCAGGAAUAAAUCAAAUUCUUGAUCCCUGGUUGUAUGUUCUGUUGCGGAAAGCGUUGAUCUUGAAGCUAGUGAAAUAUCUUCACCAGAAGCUCUGGAGCCGCUCUAAAAUCGAGGGAACUGGUAGACAAAUCUUACACUCUUACGAAAAUGUUCCAGUUGAUAGGGAACAUAUCUCACUCGGUGCGCUCGACGAUCUUCAAAUCAAAGUUUUGUGUGUGAGCAAUGACAAGCGUCCAUCUAACCAAGAUUGUGAGAAAGAAAUGGAAAGUAGUGACGAAAGUAUGUCAAGUGUGUCAAAUCUCAUUUCAGCAAACCAACAUAUAGAUAUGGGAUAUCAUUCCAAUUCAUCUGAACUGCGGAAAACUGUAACUCUUAACGACAACACAAUGAACCAACAUUAUAGUGACAAUCGGCUCAGUCAAUCUACAAAAGAUAGUCCUAGGAAAAGAGUCAAGUUAAAACGCAUCCAUAGUUCUCCUGCUUUUAAUUCUGCAAAGUGUUCAAAACCUCAUAAAAAAUAUGAAAAACAAAGUAGCUCACCUAAUGACGAUAGUGUAAUCACGAUAUGAAUUACA